CAACUCGCCAUGAAGCGAAAAGUGAACUUGGAAUUGCUCAACUCAUCAAAACGCCCCCCCAGACAGGACCCCGUGUCGUGCGAGUCCUGCCGAGUCAAGAAGAUCAAAUGCGACCGCCAACAGCCAUGCAGCAGUUGCUUGGCGCGCCGGCUGGACUGCAAUUAUGGGAGAACAGCUGUUGCAAAACCCAGAUCUUCUGCUGUGGAGCGUGCCUCCAGUCUGGAUAGUCCUGCGGUGACUUCAACUACCAGCAAUGUGUCCUCUCAGCCUCAUACAAGCCCAUCCCGUCCAUACAACCGAGAGUCACUACUCACGGCGGAUUGGCUGGAAAACAUCCACAUGGCUGAACGGGUCGCAACGGCCACUCCGAAAUGGCUUCGAGAUGGGCUGGACGAUUCGGCGAGAAGACGCAGCUCAAGCGUGAAUCUGGAGGCUGGUCCACGACCACCCCUUUCUAUGCCGUACAUGAGCCGCUCCGCUAUUGAUGAGAAUCCGGCGUCAGUCACCCUGGUUUCAUUCUUGCCCACAAAGACAGAGGCCUUGAACCUCUUCCACUACUACCAUCACUACGUGGACUAUCUUUAUCAUAUCCUGAUCCCGAAACGCGUGGAGAACCAAAUCAACGGAAUCUACCGUUGCAUUGACAGUAGAUUGCCCGUGGACCUCAACCACCUGGCGCUGCUUUUCAGCAUCUUGGCGAGCUCGCUAUGUCUGCAGCUGACUUUGGAGUCCUCUAGCGAUGCAGCAGCACGUAGCCAGGAAUUUGCCUACUUGACUGGGGCGGCUUUGAUCCAGAGCCAAUACCCUGCAUCUCCAACCCUGGAGGGUCUGCAGGCGACCCUGGUGGUGAUGCACAAUGUCUCCAACUGGAAAAUUCCGCCAUCUGUCAGUGGUCUCUUUGUCCACGGCGCAGUGGUGAGCCAGGCCAAAAACCUCAUGCUUCACUGCGUCGACUCCCCGCGGUUUCGAAACGAAAGGAAAGAAAAUGGAUACGAUGCCGUAGAGCUGGAAGUGAAGAGACGUCUCUGGUGGGACCUGACAUCCUACGAUUGGCUAGUGGGCUUUCUUACUGGCCCUCAAGAGUGGACAUAUUUCAUACAGCCAGGCCACAUGAACGUGAACCAGCCUUUAAAUAUCGACGAUGAUGCGAUCGGGACGCCUGAAGGGGCAUCGCUGCCAAGCUCGACGCCAACAGACAUGUCCUUUUCCCUCCAACGUCUGAAGCUGGCUUUCGUUAGCCGAGAAGUAGUCGAUGCAACGUCAUACCAGCAUCUACAUGGCCUGGAAAUCAGCUAUGACAAGAUUCUGGAAUUGGACCGCAAAUAUCACCAAGUCAUCGCCGAGAUCCCUGAGUUCUUUCGACUCGAUCCAGCCUCCAGGCGACGGUUUGCUUCCCUUUACGAAGAGCGUCCGACUAUUGCCUGGCAAGGUUGUCUCUUGCAGCAGGGAUUCUAUUCGCGUCUGUGUCGUCUACAUCGAGACUUUUUCAUCCGGGGGGCUCGUGAACCGGCAUAUUCUUAUUCACAUGUGAUAUGCCUCCAGUCCGCCCGUAAGGUGCUCGAAAUCAAGCGGAUCAUGGAUGGAAGCGAACCGAACCAUACGGCUCCCAACUCGGUUGUCUGGUCUGUGAUGCAUCAUGUGUUCACCGCUGCUGUGAUUCUACUGUUGGACGUGUGCUUUAACUGGGAUGAUAUUUUAGCCGAGAAACGCAAGGAAGAAGUGCUUGAUGCCUGUCGCAUGCUGAGUAAGGCGCAAGAGUCAUCUUCUCUGGUCAGGGAGGGAAUUAAUGCGAUGAUGAGUGUGCUCCAGAAGCAUUGGAAAAGUGGAAAGCAGACUUUUACUCCGCAGGGGGAUACGUCAAAUGGCUUGAUGAAAGAAACCUCUACCGUCCAAGGCACACAGCUUUCCUAUGCUGUUCCUACGGUGCUGGAUGAGGGGGCUGACCUCCCAACUACUCUCGACGGCGUUGGCAGUAGACAGUUGGAGGAUAUCUGGUCGGAGAUGCUCAACACCGGGAAUGAUCUAGCUUUGGAGACGGCAGAUUGGACAGAGUUGUUGAACGAAUUGGACCCUGACCUGACUGGUGGAUGA